AAUAGAAUUGCAUUCCAAUGGUGGAUUCGAACCCACUGCUUCCGGUUUCCAGCUCCAACGAGUCGUCCGAUUCGGGUCCUGGUCAGGUGACCUGUCGGAGACCCAUCAAGGUCGUGCCUUCCAUCUUCGUUGGGAUGCUUGCGGUUGGUUUCUUUGCUGCAUUUUUUAUUAGUAUCAAUGGUUCGGAUGAUUAUGUUGAUGUGCAUAGAGACCGAGGUGGUUCGUUGGCUUCGACGUCGUCGGUUGACAACAAGCCUACAGCUUCGCAGCCGGUUUCACGUGGACCGGGUGCCGGUGUAUCGGAGAAAUCAAACCUGCGUUUAGGAGGGCAUUUGCUGGCAUAUCCAUGGAACAACAGCAUGUUAUCAUGGCAAAGAACAGCUUUCCACUUCCAACCUGAAAAGAAUUGGAUGAAUGAUCCUAAUGGUCCAUUGUUCUACAAAGGAUGGUAUCAUUUCUUCUAUCAAUACAACCCCAAUGCUGCCGUAUGGGGCGACAUAGUUUGGGGCCAUGCGGUAUCCAAGGAUUUGAUCGACUGGCUUCACCUCCCAUUAGCCAUGGUUGCCGACCAGUGGUACGACAAAAAUGGCGUCUGGACCGGUUCCGCCACCGUCCUACAUGACGGUAAGAUCGUCAUGCUUUAUACAGGAUCCACUAUCGAGGGCGUUCAAGUUCAAAACCUAGCUUAUCCGGCCAACCAGUCCGACCCACUCCUCGUUCAUUGGGUCAAGUACCCUCACAACCCUGUUUUGGUCCCUCCACCGGGUAUUGGUCCCGACGAUUUCCGUGAUCCGACCACCGCCUGGUUAACCUCGGAAGGCAAAUGGCGGAUUAGCAUAGGGUCCAAGAUUAAUAAAACCGGCAUAGCUUUGGUGUAUGACACAGAGGACUUCAUAAACUAUGAGAUAUUAGAUGGGUUACUUCAUGCUGUGCCUGGUACUGGAAUGUGGGAAUGUGUCGAUUUCUUCCCCGUUUCGAAAACUGGAAAAAAUGGCUCGGGACAUGGAGUUAAGCACGUGGUGAAAGCGAGCUUGGAUGAUAACAGACAUGAUUACUAUGCCAUUGGAACUUAUAAUGAUAAGAAUGGUACAUGGAUUCCGGACCGACCCGAAAUCGAUGUUGGCGUCGGAUUAAGGUAUGAUUAUGGGAUAUUCUAUGCUGCCAAGAGUUUCUACGAUCCAAACAAGAAGAGAAGAGUGUUGUGGGGUUGGAUCGGCGAAUCCGAUAGCGAAGCUGCCGAUGUUAAAAAAGGAUGGGCAUCGGUUCAGAGUAUUCCGAGGAUGAUUUUGUUCGACGAAAAGACCGGAACUCAUCUGCUCCAAUGGCCGGUGGAAGAAACAGAUAGUUUAAGGCUAAAAUGCAAAGAAUUUAACCAAGUGACAAUCCAGGCAGGAUCGGUUAUUCCCCUAGAUGUUGAUUCAGCAACACAGUUGGACAUCGAAGCCGAGUUCAAGCUCGAUAACGAGGUUCUCGAGAAAGUAAUCGCCUCGUCGGACGCAUCAUUCGACUGCAAAACAAGUGGUGGAGCUGCUGAACGUGGGGCAUUGGGACCAUUUGGACUAUUGGUGCUUGCGGAUGAGAGCCGCAGCGAGCAAACUCCCGUUUAUUUCUACAUUGCCAAAGGACCAGAAGGCAAUCUCAACACAUUUUUUUGCAGUGAUCAAUCUCGAUCAUCUAAAGCAUCCGAUGUCGACAAGCGCAUUUACGGGAGCUCGGUUCCAGUUCUCGAAGGCGAAAAUUUAUCCCUCCGAAUAUUGGUGGAUCAUUCAAUAAUCGAGAGCUAUGGUCAAGGUGGAAGAACAGUGAUUACAUCUCGGGUUUAUCCGAUGGAAGCAAUCUACGGAGCUGCUAAGGUGGUGUUGUUCAACAACGCAACGGGGAUCGAUGUAAACGCUUCGGUUAAGAUUUGGCAGAUGAACUCUGCUUUCAUUCAGCCUUAUCCAUUAAUCCACUCUCUUUAACAAAUCUAUGCAACAUUUCGAGAGGAAGACGAAAACCAACAAUUGCAACUGCAAACAUCGUCGGCCGUUGUCCGGAGCCAUCUUUCCGGCUUGUGUAUCUUCUUUUUUUUCUCUUAUGAUAUAGAAUCCAGUAGUUGCCUCAUGUUUUU